GAGCCCACCAGCCGGCCAGCUAUGCAGACAUGGCCGCGAGCGGCCUCCCCUUCCUCUUCCCAUAAAAAGCGGAAGAAUCUAGAAGCGUCGCUUCGUCCCAGGCCACCCCUCUUCGUUUCUCUCUCAUCCCCCGCUCCCCUGUCGCGCCCCAGACCCAGACGCAUCAAACCGCUCUCAUCUCUCUCCUCGCAACCAAAAAGAAGCCGACACGCACGGCAGCACAGGCGCCGCGCGUCGGAGAUCCCAAAGGGCGACACGAUGGAGCGCCCCUAUUGCGGUAUGACUGCUGCGGCCGCCGGCGUCGGGCUCCAGUUCAUUGGCGUCGCCGCGGCCACGCUCCUCGCGGCGGUCCUUGUAGCCACCGUGCUGGGACGGCGCCGCCGUCCCUGGGCGCCGGUGGUGGAAGGGAAACCCGCGCCGGCGGCUGCCUGCGCAGUCCCUGACGGCGAAGGCGCCGCCGGGGACGGUGGAACCGACGUCAUCAUCGUGGGCGCCGGGGUAGCUGGAUCUGCGCUGGCAUACACGCUCGGAAAGGAUGGUCGCCGGGUGCAUGUUAUAGAGAGAGACCUGACAGAGCCAGAUAGAAUUGUGGGUGAACUGUUGCAACCUGGUGGCUACUUGAAACUGAUGGAGUUGGGUCUUGAGGAUUGUGUUGAAGAAAUUGAUGCUCAGCGCGUCCUUGGUUACGCAUUAUUCAAAGAUGGGAAGAACACAAAGCUUUCGUAUCCCUUGGAGAAGUUCCAUUCUGAUGUUGCUGGUCGGAGCUUUCACAAUGGUCGAUUUAUACAGAGGAUGCGCCAGAAAGCUGCAUCUUUGUCCAACGUCCAGUUAGAGCAAGGAACUGCUACAUCACUGCUUGAAGAAAAUGGUACAGUUAAGGGUGUUCAAUAUAAGACCAAGUUAGGUGAAGAAUUAAGAGCUUAUGCACCCUUGACGAUUGUAUGUGAUGGCUGCUUUUCAAAUCUACGACGUGCCCUUUGUUCUCCAAAGGUUGAUGUCCCAUCUUGUUUUGUUGGGCUGGUCUUGGAGAAUUGUCAACUUCCCCACCCGAACCAUGGUCAUGUUAUCUUGGCCAAUCCUUCACCUAUCCUAUUUUACCCAAUAAGCAGCACUGAGGUGCGGUGUUUGGUUGAUGUCCCUGGUCAGAAGGUGCCUUCCAUAGCUAGCGGUGAAAUGGCAAAUUAUCUCAAAACUGUAGUUGCACCCCAGAUUCCUCCAGAAAUCUAUGAUUCUUUUGUAGCGGCCAUUGAUAAGGGAAGCAUAAGAACAAUGCCAAAUAGGAGCAUGCCAGCUGCUCCACAUCCAACCCCUGGUGCACUAUUGAUGGGGGAUGCAUUCAAUAUGAGACAUCCUUUAACUGGCGGAGGAAUGACCGUUGCAUUAUCUGACAUCGUUGUCCUACGUAAUCUUCUCAAGUCUCUUCGCAAUCUGCAUGAUGCCUCUUCCUUGUGCAACUACCUUGAGUCAUUCUAUACACUGCGGAAGCCGGUUGCUUCUACGAUAAACACAUUGGCCGGUGCUCUGUACAAGGUCUUUAGUGCCUCGCCUGAUCAAGCUAGGAAUGAGAUGCGCCAAGCUUGCUUUGAUUACUUGAGCCUUGGAGGUGUCUUCUCAAAUGGGCCUAUUGCUCUACUCUCUGGUCUUAACCCCCGGCCAUUAAGUUUAGUUGCUCACUUCUUUGCUGUUGCUAUCUACGGUGUUGGUCGCCUGAUGCUCCCUCUUCCUUCACCUAAAAGAAUGUGGAUUGGAGCUAGACUGAUUUCUGGUGCAUGCGGUAUCAUCCUCCCUAUCAUCAAAGCUGAAGGUGUGAGGCAAAUGUUCUUCCCUGCUACCGUCCCUGCAUACUACCGGGCUCCUCGUCCAGCGGAGUAACUGCUUCCACACUAGUGGUCUGAUGCAAAUUGAUCCUUCACGGAUGACAUUUUUUUCCUGUGUCAGUAGUCAUUCGUCAUCGUUAGCCAAUCAUUUGUGCUGCAAUGGAAUGAGGAACCUGUAUAGUAGUGUUCCCGUGGGUGCCGAUUCGAGUUGAAAAUGUGCAAGUUGAUUCCGGUACGUACGUUGAUUCCCUGCUAAGUUGUAUAUUGUUCUUGAACUAGUGAAUUCGUCUUCACCCACGCCUAUCUAACUGGGGUCUCUUCUGUCUA